AAAUGUUUUAAAUCUUUCCAGGGUGAAGGCUGCCGUACAGUCCCUCUUUCUGGACAUGUAGGAUUUGACAGUUUGCCUGACCAGCUGGUUAAUAAGUCAGUUAACCAUGGCUUUUGUUUCAACAUCCUGUGUGUGGGAGAAACUGGCCUUGGUAAGUCCACUCUUAUGGAUACCCUUUUCAAUACUAAAUUCGAAGGUGAGCCAGCAUCUCACUCACAACCUGGAGUUCAGCUGAAAUCCAGUACUUAUGACCUUCAGGAGAGCAAUGUUAACCUGAAACUGACCAUUGUGGGCACCGUGGGCUUUGGGGACCAGAUUAACAAAGAAGACAGCUAUAAGCCCAUCGUUGAGUUCAUUGAUGCCCAGUUUGAAGCCUACUUGCAAGAGGAACUGAAGAUAAAGAGAGUCUUGCACAACUUCCAUGACUCCCGUAUCCAUGCCUGCUUGUACUUCAUCGCACCCACAGGCCAUUCCCUGAAGUCUCUGGACUUGGUAACAAUGAAGAAGCUUGACAGUAAGGUGAAUAUCAUUCCCAUCAUUGCCAAAUCCGAUGCCAUUUCCAAGAGUGAACUGACAAAAUUUAAAAUUAAAAUUACAAGUGAACUGGUCAGCAAUGGGGUGCAGAUCUACCAGUUCCCAACAGACGACGAAUCGGUGGCUGAGAUAAACGGGACAAUGAAUGCCCACUUGCCGUUUGCAGUGAUUGGCAGCACAGAGGAACAGAAAAUAGGAAACAAAAUGAUGAAAAUCCGUCAGUAUCCCUGGGGCACAGUGCAAGUUGAAAAUGAAACUCACUGCGACUUUGUGAAGCUGAGAGAGAUGCUAAUCCGUGUGAACAUGGAGGAUCUUCGUGAGCAAACCCACACGCGCCACUAUGAGCUGUACCGGCGAUGCAAACUGGAGGAAAUGGGAUUUAAAGACACUGACCCAGACAGCAAGCCAUUCAGCUUACAAGAGACCUAUGAGGCCAAGAGGAAUGAGUUUCUGGGGGAACUACAGAAAAAGGAAGAGGAGAUGAGGCAAAUGUUCGUCCAGAGAGUCAAGGAGAAAGAAGCAGAACUUAAAGAGGCCGAAAAAGAGCUGCAUGAAAAGUUUGAUCGUCUCAAGAAGCUGCAUCAGGAUGAAAAAAAGAAGCUGGAAGACAAGAAGAAAUCUCUGGACGAUGAAGUAAACGCAUUUAAACAAAGGAAGAUGGCAGCUGAAUUGCUCCAGUCUCAGGCCCAGCAGGCUGGAGGAUCACAGACUCUUAAAAGGGAGAAGGAGAGAAAAAAUUAACUGCUGUUUGCUGCAUGGUGCAUGAGGUACAUUGCCCUGCUUUUUUUAAAUCUGUCUUCGCCAGCUGCACUGAGGGAGAAGACUCCACUUGUAGAAGAGUUUAGGGAUCCUCUAAUGUCUAGGGGAAACCAAAUCUUCAGUGUUAGUGUCUUGGAAAGAAGCUCCUUUCUGACUUGCAUGGUAUUUAAAAUUGAAGUGUCUUGUAUUUUGUGUGACAAGACAGCACAAUCUUGGGGAAAGCUGAUCGUGUACAAAAAUUUGGAGGAGCAACAGAAAUGUGAUGUUUAGAUUGAGUAGCCAAAUUUUCAAAACGUUGGGUUACCGCCAUGUUUUUUCCUCUUAUUGGGCUUAUUAGAAGGGUCAUGGAUCCCCCUCCAAGGAUCUGUGGAAGCCUGACGGGGGUGUUUUCCAUAUGUGAGUUUGUUGGUUUGUUCUGAAAACUAUUGUAUUCGAUGGCAAAGAAAACAGAAAUGAAGUGCGAUUUGUUACGUUGACAGCCGGCCACAGAAUACUUAAUUCUAACGAAGAAGUAAAGCAAAAUGAAAUGUUUCCAUUAGUGUCAUUUGUGCCUCCUCCACGUUAUUAAACCGUAUCACCUGACUGACACAGGGUUGAGUGAGAUUGUUUUUAAUGUUAAUCAUUUAUUGUGUAAAAUACCCCAAAUAGUCUGACCUUUCCCUGUGUGCUUUAGUUAGAGAAUGAUCUUAUCCUUAGUUAUUGAGAUGAAAGUGGUGGAGUUGUAAUUGGCUGAGAAUAUGCCUUCCAAAUACCAUGUGACUAGAAUGCAGUGUCCUUAGAAUGCAUUUGACACCUCUCCUAGAACUUUUUUGCUUGUCUUGUUCUCCCUUGAUACAUUCACUGCAUGUUUUUCCGAACUGUAUUCUACUGUCUCUCUCUCUCUUUUUUUGUUUCCUUUUUUUACAAAUGGAAGUGUGAGUGACUGCACUGCAUAUAUAGUUACCUGACAAACAUUGGAGAACCAGUACUGUUAAAGUGUGAUACCUUUCUAACGUCAAUGUAAAUUUUCAAUUAAAAAAAUGCAAAAGCC